GCCGCGACCAUGGCCAUCGCGCACAUCGCCACCGAGUACGUCUUCUCGGACUUCUUGCUGAAGGAGCCGUCGGAGAGCAGAUACAAGGGGCUGCGGCUGGAGCUGGCCCUCGACAAGCUGGUCACCUGCAUCGCCGUCGGGCUGCCGCUGCUCCUCAUCUCGCUCGCCUUCGCCCAGGAGAUCUCCAUAGGUACCCAGAUGAGCUGUUUUUCUCCAAGUGCAUUUUCUUGGCGUCAGGCUGCGUACGUGGAUUCUUACUGCUGGGCUGCAGUUCAACAGAAGCAGCUGUCUCAAAGUGAAUCAGGGCAUCUUCCCCUGUGGCUUCAUAAGUUUUUCCCAUACAUCCUUCUGCUGCUUGCCAUCUUGCUGUACCUGCCGUGGCUCUUUUGGCGUUUCACUGCAGCACCUCACCUUUCUUCGGAUCUGAAAUUUAUCUUGGAAGAACUUGACAAGGCUUACAACAGAGCCAUCAAAGCUGCCAACAGUUGCCGGAAUUGUGAUGCCAGAGAUGCAGCCAGCUCACCACCUGCCAUUGAAAAUAUUGCACAGAGUUUAUGGGAGAUCUCUGACAGCCACUUUAAGUACCCUAUUGUGGAACAAUAUCUGAAGACAAAGAAGGGCUCCAAGAGCUUAAUCAUCAAAUACAUUAUUUGCCGUUUGCUAACUUUGAUCAUUAUCCUCUUUGCUUGCCUCUUCCUGGGCUAUUAUAUCAGCCUUUCUUCCUUGACCGAUGAGUUUAUUUGCAACGUCAAAACUGGGAUACUAAAAAAUGACACGAACAUUCCGGAACGGUUUCAGUGCAAAAUGGUUGCCGUUGGUGUCUUCCAGCUGCUGAGUUACAUCAAUUUCAUCGUGUACGUGCUGAUCACACCGCUGGUGAUCUACGCCUUCUUUGUCCCUCUCAGGCAGAGCUCGGACAUCCUGCAGGUCUACGAGCUUCUGCCGACAUUUGAUGUUCUCAAAGUCAAAGCAAAGCACUACAACGACAUGAGCCUCUACCUGCUUUUUCUCGAGGAAAAUGUGAGUGAGCUGAAAUCUUACAAGUGCCUCAAAGUUCUGGAGAGCCUCAAAGGCAGCGGGGAGAGGUUUGAUGCCAUGCAGCUCCUCAGGAACCUUGGCUCGAUUAAAAUGGACGCCGUGGAUGCCAAACCAAACACCCCCCACAAGAAUAGAAAAAAAGCUGAAGUGGAAAUGUCAAAUGAUGCAGCAGAAUUAAAAGAUCUGACUGAGCCAAAAUUGCCUGAUGACACUGAAGAAACAAAUAAAGAUGGCAAAAUUCGCCAGAGACUUCUAGAUUCUUCUUGCUGAUGGAUUCAGCCUGUGCUUAAUAGGUGCUGAAAGCCGCUUCUAACAGCUGAGGCAUAAAGCCAUAUCUAUUAUACCACACGAUUGCCUUCCCAUUGAGUUUACAAGGACUGGGAUACAAAGGCAAAAGAUCGUUUAAA